GAGGGGAAGGAUAAUCAACUUUUACCGGUUGCAUUUAGACACAAAUAUAAUAAAAAAAUAUAUAUGAAAUUUCUCCAGAAAUAUGUUUUACAAAUAUGCAAAUUAGGCAGUAUAUCAUAUUUGCAUAUUGCGCAGAUCCAUUUUUCUGGACGAAACCAGCCUAUAUAUUUUGGAGUCAUUUUGUAUAGACACUCCCGGACCGGACUAAAAUUUGAUUAACGCAGGUGCUUCUUAGUUGGGGUGUGGGAAGAGUCUGAUUUAGACUACCAAACGCCUAUUUAGACCGAAUCACCAUCUCUUCAAAUUAAUUUAUUUACUGGGACUUCUAUCCCUGAUCUAUGAGAUUUCCGAUAAAAGGUCCAAUAUGAAGACUUUCUCCUGGUUUGUGUUCGCCCUGUGUAUUCUCCAUGUAGUGGGUGAGGUGAUCUACAAGAGAAUUGGUCUGCCUGUCAAUAUUGGUUGUGGAGUCAAGACGUCUAACAAGGAUAUGGAGUGGAGUCAUAAAGCUGUGGGUGGAAGUAAAUCUGUGCUGAUCGUGGAUUAUUUUGGGAAGAAUGGCAAAGAGCGGAAAGGAAAUGCUCCCAUGGUUGAAAGGGCGAAAGUGAGACGGGACCGACUGGAAAUUUCUGCUCUAAAUGAUGGUGAUGCCGGACUUUACAUCUGUAAGGUGGACGGGAAAGAUAUGGAUCACAGACUCGACAUUGUCACAGUCAAGGUCCACCCCUCCAACGAACUCAACGAAGGCAACAAUGCUAUCCUCGAGUGCCAGGUGACAGGAGUGGAUCCCUUGCCCAGUGUGGAGUGGGUUAGUCCAGGUGGAAAGGUGGAAGGGGCCCCUGGACGACCUGGCUCUAGGAAUGUCUCUUUCAGCUCUGUGGCCCUGUCAGACACAGGAGAAUGGACAUGUCAGAUUACUCAGGAUGAGAAGACACACAAAGAGACUCAGACCAUCAACGUGAGAAGUUUGUUGCAGAACGAGGGCCAAGAUGAUGGGCGGUUCCACAGUGGACCUAACUCUGAUGUAAACACAGUGACUACUUGCCAUCACUGUACCAAAGGCAGCCAGCAGCCCGUUGAGUGGGUGCCCAUGCUGGGCUUAAGCCUGUGGGUGUGGGUGGCAGUGGGAGCAGGAUGCCUGGUGGGGGUCUUACUCCUGGUGACCAUUGUUCUUCUGCACCGCAGGAACAAAAGAAAGAAGAGAAGAGCCCGGAAGAUGAAGAACAUCAGAGUGCCCCUGAAGUCCAACGACUACUGCCAGUGUAACCGCACACUUGAGGGUCCACCCCGGAGGACGCAGAGAGAGAAGCCUUCGGCUGGACCACGGCAACAGCGCUGAUGGAGCGGAGUAUUAUGGGCUGGAACAUGAUUGCUUGAUGACACAGGGUGGAUGGAAGAAUGAUCGAGGGAGAGAAAAGUAGUCUUAUACAGUUUGUGAGAUACGAGAUACAAGGGAGAGAGAGAGAAAGAGAGAGAGGGGGGGUAAUGUAAAUGGGCUUAUGUCCGUUUCAAAAAUAUGAAGGAUGAAAUGAUAUAAACUGAAAAUCACAUGUUGAAGGAAGAAACAAACACUGUUAUUCUUACCUAUAUGUUAUUGAACGUCAUCUGACGUCUUUUCCGCAUUGUCAGAACAUCCUCUACUGCAUUGCAUCUUUGUGCUUAGAUCAUUUUCAAUGACCAUUCAUUUUGACACAAAGCCUGAGACUUACACUGUACGGUUUUAGAAUGAUUUUGCAAUGAUUCUUGCUGUGAUAUUGUUCAGCGUGGCAUAUUUACAGACGUUACAAUUUUGUCAACUUUCAUGGCUACUUUUUUUAAAUACCCGCUUGUUAUGUUAUGAAUUGAUAUACCUGUUAAAUUAAAGUGUUUUCUUGUUGAAAGGAAUACAGAUCAUAUAAAGCAUA